CGUAAAAAAGCUCCUUCCCCCUAGCAUAAACACUCCCCACCAGCCGGGGGUUGAUCACAUUCCCCCCAAGAGACAGUCUUUGGCUGGGCCGGUAAAACUUGUCCCACCGUUCGUGACGUUCGGUUCGGUUUUGUGGUUCACAGUUCGUUUUGGCCACUUCAGUGACAAACAUCGCGAGGUACGUUGUAGCUGUGGAUUGUGGGACGGACAGGCAUUAACCUCAUCUCCCUUUCUCGUUCGUGUCCGUUCUAUUCUUCACGUACGGUGCCGUUUUCAAUCAGUGAAUGGGGGUUUGUUGCAUAUUAGCUCAUUCCCCCUAGUGAAUUUAUCUACUUAAAAAAAACAAGGUCUUGCUACUAUCAUCAAGUGUUGGUCGACUUCGUUUCACUUUUUCCCUAUUGCUCUAAACGUUGAACAGGAAUCCGUAGUGAACUAAACAAGUUCUUUUCUAUAAACAUCGAACGUGUGCGUUGCGUGUGCGUGUGUCUUUGUGUGCCGCCAUUUGUGAAAAGUGCAUGUGCAGCAGCCAGUUUGGUGAGAUCGUGUCAACCGACCCCCGGUGGAACGAAGAAAGUGAAAUCAGGUGAAAUCCGGUGAAUGGUGAAAAACGUGUGUAGGGGUGAAAAACAGCAAUAACUCGAUCGUUUCCAGUAUCACGAGUGACUUGUCCAGCUUUUUUUCGCCACCCCCCACGGAGAGAGAAAUGGCGUGGAAAUCACAUACGAUCGUUCUGAUCUCGUUGUUGAUCGGAGUUGCCAGUGCUCAACGACAAGAUCAAGAGGAUCCGUGUAAAACCAAAUCGAAGGUUGUCGGUGAUGUGACGUACUGUGAUCGAUACUGGGAAUGCAUCAACAGCCAGCCAGAACUGUACGACUGUCCGAAUGGGCUCGUGUUCGCCGGCAAACAUCGUGGCGUCACCGAGGGUUGUGAUUAUCCGUGGCGAUCAAACUACUGCGAUGGAAAACAGCUGGCAAACGGUCCAAUCUCGACGGAACACUGUGAUUGGUUGUACGGUAUCUUCGGUCACGAGACGUCGUGUACGCGAUACUGGACCUGCUGGAAUGGUACCGCUACCGAGCAGCUCUGCAUCGGUGGUCUGCUGUACAACGAAAACGCACACAGCUGCGAUUGGCCCGAAAACGUUGAUGGAUGUCAGAAGCACCCACUCUGCAACGAGGAUGCGAACGGUAAUGUCCCGCUAGGCAAGUCCUGCAAUCGUUACUGGCAGUGCCAGGGUGGUUACCCGCGGCUUCAACGUUGCCCGGCAAUGCUUGUGUUCGAUCGACGCAGUCUGCGCUGUGUCGUGCCACCUACGGAGGACUGUGAUAUACCAACCACUCCGCUACCGUUGGAGUAUGAACCGGAGCAACAGCAGCAGCAACAGCAACAACAGCAUGGAAAGGGAAAUCCAAACGCUAUUCACCAAUCGUCCGGCAUCGGUGGACUGCAGGGUGGCAAAUUGCAAUCGGGAGGACGAAACAAGAACUAAACAAUCACUGUCAGCCACACACAGACACCGCAGAUACAACCCCAACCACGGAAAGUGCAGUUGGACCAGUCGAACGAUGAACUUCGCUGACCACCCCUGAGGGCACUGAUAACAGUCACAGUCGUGUUAUAGCCUUUGUGUGUAGGUGUAUAUCUGUAUGUGUAGUUGCUGAUAUUCUCUUCUUCAAACUUCACCAUCAGUCGCCUUCCGUCGCGAGUCCUCCAUCCUUGCUGGAUUUUAGCACCAAAUUUCUGUCACACUUUUUCCCUCCAAACAGCAAAGCCAGCAAACUAUUGGGCGUUCUAUAGAAUACAUACGUUUUAGCUGCCCGGUAUAGACACGACCCGAAAUAAGGUGAAAAUUGAACAUCCAAUGGGUAGUGUCUUGUUGCUUCGGAACAUGCACCUUAGCACCCCGGACAUUGUAUUUCGUUACCGCCGAACUAACCUUUUGUGUGUACGGAAUUCGAAACAAGCAGGAAAGUACCCUGUCAGUGGCAGCUACGACACCGGAGCCACCGAACUAAAUGAGCUAACGACUUACUUAAUCAACUACAUCAUCUCGGUGCCGCAUUGCCAAAUGCGUUUCGAAGCGAAUAUUAAUUCAUUCAGCAAAACGCAUACUUUGGAUCGUAGAAACACGUUCAUUUUCCCAAUUUUUGCUAACAUUGUUUCGUCGCAGAAUCCAUUUGUAUCAUUCCACACCUCCGCUCGCGUUUGUAACUGUAUUCUUACCUUUAUUUUUUGUCCCAUUGUCUCACUAUUUAAGAAUGUGUAACGUACGUUAAGCCGAAGAAAGAAAGCGUAAAAUAAAGCGUAAAUAAAAGUAUAGAUGUAAAAACAACUCUUACAGAA